AUGUCUCGAAACUACUACUUAUCUACUCCAUACCCACGGACAAAUAUCCGUCCCUCCAAACGUGCGGGUAAAGACCAUUAUUCCCCGUUGCUGAUUGGUGCACCGUGCAUAUUGACAUUGCUGCUGGCUGUCUGCAUUGCAGCACGUAGACAGAGGCUUGACUCUGGACUCGCCGUAAGCAAGGCAAACUCUCAUGCGUGUGCAAAGCAGCAACAGCCAGUCGUGGAGACAAUCAGGCCAUGGACGGACUACUCUGCUCCACCAAUUCACACAGCCGUGGAUGUUGAUCUGACAUCUUCGCCAAUGUCCCUCUGCAGGAGUGCAUCGUCUUCUUCAGGCAGAAGUAGCCAGGAUAGCCCGGAAGAUUACACAGUAGUAGAUCCAGAUGCCAACCAGUUAGAUGGAGACAAUUUACUGGGCCCGAAAAGUCCCGAGAGGUUACAGGCUCCCGCUCCAUCGUCAAGGUCACAUUCGGUGAGCCCAAAGCGGACAAGCCUGAACAGGAAGGAUCGGGAGAAAACGGACACCGGAAACAUUGGCAUCUCCGCUCGGUCAUGUGAUGCCCGUCGCUCCAAAGCGGAUCUUCAAUCUGCAGGACUGCCAAAGGCUGGCCAGAAACGAGGCUUGAGAUGGGAUGGAUACGCGAAGGGGGAAAAUCGGAACAGCAGAGUUGCACCUCUGGCUAGAGAUCGGCCGAGAGUUCCAAACAUUCAGAGGGGAAAGGAAGGAACCGUAUCAAUCAUUUGUCCCAAGCAAGUCCUUCCCGGGGAGCUCACGCCUGAAGCCGUAAACCUAGGCCCCCAAUCGGGCCACCCCUCGAUUUACUCCAUAGACGAGGGGAAACAGAAAUUGGCGGCCAGUCUGGCAUGGUGGGAUCCAUUGUUCUGUCAGCCAGUAGAAGGUGAACACAACAUCGUCCAGGCAACUCAGACGGGGGGAGGGGGUGGAAGGUUCCGAGUUAGCCAGCAUAAAACAUCCCGUGAUUAUUCCGAAGGGGAAGAAGGAGGAGGGGAAAGGAUAGGGAAAGAUCCCGACCUGAAUUUACCCAGUGAAAUAAGAGCCAUACCGGCUUGGUACCGCUCUCCUGCCCGGGGUCCCGGACAAGCACAUGGGAAUCAUUUCACGGGGAGGGUGGAUUUUCCCCAGAAAAUCGUCCUAGGUUUGGGUCAAUGGAAGAGGGUGACUGAUAAGAGGGUUUGGAUGACCUCAAGAAAUGAGCUUGAGAAAUUCGACCGGGUCGAACCCACAGGCAUUCUUGGAAAUGCAAGGUGCGUCUCGGGGCAGUCGCGGGCCCCGAAAUCGGCGGGGCAGGGGUACGGAAAAGCUACUAGGCAGUAA